AUGGAUAGUGUCUCUAUGAAUCACUAUGAAAAGCAGCUAUAUAGUGUUUUUAAAACGUUCGACGUAGAGAACGAUGAAGCCCUAAACAAGCAGGCUGUUCUCGACCUUUGUGACGCGUUACAGCUGGAGGAUCGUGGAGCAGCUCUGGUCGACACCUUAUUCGAAAGUCAGGGUAGCCGUGUCACCUUCACGCAGUUCAAGAACGGCUUGCUAUCAGUGCUUGGUGGUGAAGCGCGCUCGCAAUCACCCGCGCCUGUUGCUCCUUCAAUUCCUGGUUGUACGCGAGCAUCUGUAUCAACACCAUCCCAUAGUGACGACGAUUCUUCGGGUCGUGAAGUAGCCCCUAAAUUUACCUUCGGUUCAAAAAAGUAUGGUCGUCGCUCACGACCACCGAGGGUUGAUUCGGAGGUAUCGCCUCGACAUCGCGUCGCCUCAGAGUCACGACUGGACGGAGAACGUGUAAAGCAACGCAUGAAGUGCAAACGAAGUUCUUCUGCCAUGGAGACCCGUCCCGAUCCCACUAGUGAUGAUGAUGUGUUAAAGCUAGAUCAUGAGCAGCGUGUGAAUAUUGAGAGUGCUCUGAAACUUUGCCAAGGUCUACAAAUGCAUGCAGUUGAUAAAAAACUCAUAGAAGUAAUAUUUGAACAAUCAAAGACCGAUGAAAUGAGUGCUGGAGAGUUUUUUGACAGAUUAAAUUUAUCUCUUCAAACAUCAAUUGAAGCAAGCUUUGAUGAAAGUACCAUUGAGGAUCAUUCUAUAGACGUAGAUAUAAUUGCCAGCAUUGAAGUUGUUGAAGCCUGGGAACGUGCUGGGGUACAGAAACCAAGGCACCUGUUACAUGAGCUAGGAUUUAGCGUUGUAGGUUUGCAUCCCCAAGAUCUAGAACGGGCACUAGAUGAAGAACUUCAAGCUCUUGGUUCUUCACCGAGUGUUUCGGAACCCCAAUCUCUUCUAUUACUUGCUUCUAGUACAUUAAGCAAGUUACGAAUAGAAAAGUUUCGUCGAAAACUCGAUAUGGCGAUAGCUGAACGCAAUAAGUUACGGAUAGACCUAUCUGAAGCCAAUAGGCGUGCUCGAAUUUUAGCGCAGGAUGUAGACGAGAACCAUGCGCGGAUAGAAGCAGAGCUGAAGAACCGAGUACGAUCAUUGGAAGCGAAACAUGCAGAUGCAAUGCGCACAACUGCAGCUGAAGCGGCAGCGGAGCGUGAUCGUGCAACAUGCUUGCAACGCGAUUUGGAAGCAGAAGUUGCUCUCCGUGCAGAAACAGAAAGUCGGCUUCGUGGAGACUUGGCUGCUUCCAAUCACCGAAUUCAGGAACUUGAGGAUCGCAUUACCGAAUAUGAAAAUCGUAGUUAUGAUGCUGAACGCGAGUGGAGUAGGCAGCUAAAAAGUGCUCUUGAAGCAGCGCAAGCUGACGCAGCGUGCGCAGAACGAGAGCGUCUUGCGCGGGAGGAACUGGAAGUGCGGCUGUGUGAACUGCGUCAAGAACACCAGCUCAUGACUGACCGCGUUGACGAGCUUUCUGCUGCCUUAGAACGCGCUCAUGCAGUACAACAAAAAGAUAUUUCUAAUGACUGCAAUGACUUAGAAUCUGAUAGUAUGAUAAAAGCAGUUACUGCUAAACUCGAUGACCUUUCAUCAUUGGAGAGUACAAAUUGUGAAAGAGCUGUCUCAGAGACUUCAACAGCAGCGUCUAAUGGACAUGAUCUCAAGGGGGAAUUAGUGCAAGUCACCCAACCAGAGACAGAUAAUAAGGAUAUGCUGAAGCAGGAGCUCGAAAAUAUGAAGGCAGCACACGAGUCUGAAGUCAAAAGUCUAAAUAACAUCAUCAAAGAUCUCGAGUUUAGUGUAGAACAACUGCGUGAGGAGUAUGAAAGGUGUGAGGAGUACUGGGCAGGUCGGUUGAAGAACGAGCGCGAACAACAGCGCGCCUCUGACGAGCGUCUGGCUGAGCUGGUCGAUAAAAUACACGCAUACGAAAUGCAGUUUGCUGCCUCGACCACGCCCCUACCCCCCAUAACAGAGAGCGCGCUAGAAGAGCAAUACUUGCUUCUGGAAAAUGAAAUGCAAGUGUUUCGUAGCAAUAAGGAACAAGAGAUUCUUUACAAGGUGGACGAAAUAAAUAAACAAAAGAAACACAUAGAAGAACUAGAAAAGAGGGUCGAGCAGCACCAGCAGCAGCUGCAGCAAACCCAGUCGCAGCUACAGCAGUUGCAACAGCGGUCGAAUGCGCGACACUGCACAGAUAUAGAUGUUCAGAGAAAGCAGACGCGUACGAGUGCGUGUUGGUGCGGAUCAAACGCGAGUACAGGUACCGAUACGGGAGCAUGCGCAAACGCAUUGCGGGCACGAGCAGCGCGAGCUGAGCGCGCCGCGCAACGUCUACACGCGCGGCUCGCUGCCGCGGACCUUCUUGUCAAAGACCUCUACAUCGAGAACUGCCGUCUUGCUCAUUUACCCUCAUCCCACUUGCCCCAUAUGCCCCAUUUGCCCCAUCUACCGCGCAUGCCUUGA